UAAAGAGUUUUUCUGAGACGUUUGUCAAACUUGUCCUUGUUUCGGAAAACAACUGUCACCAAACUCCCGCAGGCUGAAAGAAACUGGCCGUCAUGCUGUACCAAUUGUUACUAGUAAUAAUAGCUCUUUCGUGUGUGAACAGCUACAAAUACGAAUGUACACAUAAUGGAAAGAGGUAUGGAGGAAGAUUCAAGAUCGACUGCAACACGUGUGUAUGUGGUGAAUAUGGCAAAGCAGUCUGUACAAAUUUGCGUUGUGAUUACGGGCAGGAAUCUACUUGUAUCUAUCAAGGUAGACGUUACAGAUUAGGAGAGACAUUCCAGCAAUCCUGUAAUACAUGUGAAUGCAAACACGGUGGUCAGGUACAAUGUAGCAACAAAGACUGCACGAAACGAUGUACUUAUAACGGAAAGGUAUACGAAGAGGGUGAAGAAUUCCAAGACAAAUGUAAUAGAUGUAAAUGUCUGUCUUCUGGCUAUAUUCAGUGUACUAAUAACGUGUGUCAGUGCCAGUAUAAUGGUAAAGACUACGACGUUGGAGUGAGCUUCAAUGAUGGUUGUAAGACUUGCACCUGUCAAACUACAGGAACAGUGCAGUGUAACAGUGAUAGAUGUGGCUGUUAUUACAAAAAAUCACAAUAUCAAGAGGGUCAAACUUUCACCGACGCUUGCAACACUUGCCGUUGUAUAGACGGACAAGUAGAUUGUACAACAAGAGUCUGUGAAUGUACUUACCAAGGACGGACCUAUAAUAUUGGCCAAAGAUUUGGUGAAUGUGAUGAAUGUCAAUGUUUGUUUAGUGGUACAGUCCAGUGUUCUAACAAGCGAUGCAAAUGCAUUUAUAACGGAAAUACCUACCGAAUUGGAGAAACAUUUCCAAACGGCUGCAAUACAUGCACAUGUAAAAUUGAUGGUAGUGUAGACUGCACUACAAAUCUAUGUACCUGCAAUUACAACGGCAAGCAUUACGACAUUGGUUCUAUAUGGUAUAAUGAUUGCAAUAAAUGUCAGUGCACUUCUCAGGGAAGGGUGGUUUGUGAACAGAAUACAUGCACGAAACCCUGUAUACACAAAGGAAAAACCUAUUCUGCUGGCGAAACAUUUAAAGAUGACUGCAACACCUGUACAUGCGGACAGUUUGGUCAAGUAUCCUGUACUAAAAUGUACUGUCCCCCAACUACAUGCCAAUAUUAUGGGAAAACUAUCCCAGAUGGAAAAACAUUUAUGACUCAAGAUAGAUGCAAUGUUUGUCGAUGUUCAAAUGGAAAUGUCAAGUGUACCAAAUACGAUUGUUAUAAAGAGAGGCGACGUUACUGAUGAAGAACAGUUAAUUUAUAUUGAUAUUUUUAAGAAUUGUAAAUAUUACAAACAUAACGUUUUUAAAUAAAACAUAUAUAUGCCGAACC